GUGCCAGGCUGGGAGUCAGCCCCAUUCCUACCUCAUACACUUUCACAGAGCAGGGGAUGGGGUGGAGAUACAGCUUAGAUUUGAGUAGGGGAUUGGAGGGGGAAAGAAAGACAGACCCAGACAUAAAGAGGCCCGGUUCUGGUCACUGCUGUGUAGCUCAGCAGCCUGUCCUAGCCCACAGCUGGGGUGUGUGGCUCUUCUGUUUCCUUGGACUGGGAUAGUGGAGGAGCAGGAGUAAAAUGGGCUGAGAUCACUGUUUUUGGAGUACCAGUGUUGGAUAUUGCCCCCUGCAGUGGGAAGAUGUUCCCUGGGAUUAAGUCUUUGGUUUCUUUGGGAAGAGGUGGGUGUUUGAUGCUUCGUGCUUCAUUUGAUAAUUGUGUGUGGUUCCUAUGCUGGUAAUGCCCAAAGGAUACUUGAUAAAUUGAUAAAGAGGCUGAUCCUAUAUUCUUUGAUUUGUGUGAAAGCGCAGAAGUACCAAAUAAUACAAGAGUUGUUCUUGCAUUUCACACAAAUGAAAGAAACUGGGAGCUGUCAGCUAUCAGGAGAUCUGUUUAUUGUCUGCAAGCAGUUUUAAAUGGUUCCACUGAAUACUAAACAUUGUGUUCUGAUGCUGUUUGAAAUGUUCUACUUUGUGACACUGUUUUUCACUUUUCAUGUGAUUCUGUGAGCAGUGUAAAUGUGAGUCAUGUUGAGAGAAUGAACAAUGAUGAUACACAUGUGGGAGUCAUACUUAAUGCUAUAUAAAAUCUUAAAUGAUACAUCACAGAAUCAAUGCAGUCGAGUUUAAGACAUCCACUCAGACAAAACUGUCCAAUUACCAUAGGAUUUGCAGCAAACUUCUUCACUCUGUGCACUGUUCAAAUACUUUGAUCAUGACUUGCAGUGUUCCUGACUUAAAUUCAGUCAGCUCACAUCUGCCAAUUGAGAGCGCGUGUGGGUGUCCAAUCAAUACCUUGUGCUCAGGAUUUCACUGCAGUGCCAGAGAUGACGUUGCUGUUAACCAUGUUGUUAUGCAUUUGUGAGAUGUUUGACCAAGAACUCACUUGUGCGUACAGUUCUUGUGAAUUAUAGUAUUGCACUGCUGUAGCAGAAAAGCCUUUUAAUGUGCUGUCACCGGUGGGAUAUCCUAACAUCAACUCAGUAAAUUGUUCAAACUGCAAGUGAGCUAUAUACAUGGUACCAAUUGAGUUUUUUUGCCCUGUGACCUCGGUCACCCUGGUUCAAUUGCAUCACUGCUGGCUGGAGUGGCUUUUCACACUGCUGCUGAGUGAAGUGUGGCUGUAAGAAGUGAAAUUUAGGCAAUCCCUUGUUCAUUGUCAAAGAUACAAUCAAUUCGCUGCUAAUUGGGCAUAUGUUCCAGUUGAUGAAUUGUACUGAAAGGUUGACAAUUUACGUUGGUACUGCAAAAGCUCUUUGAUAGGAAUGUGCUCUUAUUGUUUAGUAAUGGCUGUAAGUUUCGGAGCACCUGCAUUCUGUUCUGAUGGCGAACUUUAAGCUAAUGACAGCACUCUUUAAAAUUUUGUGCUUGAAUCAACCCCAUCUCCUAUUCUAGCGUAGAGCCAGCUGGGUUCUGCUAAUCCAUACAAAUCAGUUGGAGCUGGAAAGAGCAUGUUCAGCAUGUUUUGUGUUUUUUCAGUAUUUACCCACAUUUUGCAAGUUAAUAUUCUUGCUUUGGUAGUUGGCUUUCAAAACAAAAUGCUGAAACCUGACUAAUUCAAAUUUUGUUUCACUAAAAAUGUUAAUUUUUAUUAUGUUUGCAAUGUCUGGCUGACAUUUUUCCGUACAAAUGUCACUUGCUGGAGUUUGAUGCAAGGAGUUUGUGAUUAUAUUGUUGCGAAUAGUAAAUACAAAUAAUGUUUGGAUUAGCUUGGUUUAAACAAAAGUCAACAUUUGAUGCUUUUUAACAUAAAGUAAAUUGGUUGUCCGUUUGAAAGCUGACAAUAAAAUCUGUGCACUUAAUGGUUCAAACCGAUUGGGAUCUCUCUUGUUUAGUCUGACAUCUGCAGUAAUCCUGUCUUUCAUUUUAGGAUAUCUCACUGGUGACAGUGAGUUGGCCAUAACUCCCAAAUGCAGUGGGUGCAAGUGAGUUAUGGUGGUCCUUUGCACGAGUGAACAUGUCUGCCUGGAAUUCUUGGCUCACUGUUGAGGUGUGCUGCAUUAUUCUAUGGGAGUGAACGACUCUUUCAAGCUUCACACACUUUUUUCCAAUUCCAGUCUUUAAUGCACAUGAUGGGAUCUGGCAAAUGGUGUUAAAAGAUUAUUCGCUUGUUUGACUGGUCAUCUCUCUGUCUCCUGUCAAAUAUUUAAUGCCAACAAAUAGUGCCAACAUUGUUCACUCUCUUAGAAUUUAAACAAAAAAAGUCCAGAUGGUGGUAACUUUAAAUUUUGACCAAAUUCAAAGUAUGUAAUGGUUAAAACUUUAAAGUGGGGGUAAGAGUUGUGUUUUCCAUUGAAUUCAGCUUUUCUUUUGAAAUAAAAAAAAGUAGCCAGUCAGCUGCUUGUGAUAUUUGUUAUCCAUGGAGGAAAAGUCCUUUCUUAUUGAGACAAAGUUCAAUACCUCCACUUACUGAAUGACACACACAUACCCCAUCUCCAGAUGGGAUAACUGGCUGUCACAGUAUCUCUAUCAACUAAUAGCUGGCUGAGCUUUUUAAGAGUUAAAAGUAAUAUUAUUGCCUGGUCUUACCAGGUAGUUGUGAAUUUCAACCCCUGCUUUAAUGUUAAAUGUGUGCAUGUCACAUGUAUUUUACCAGCAUAUUGGCUAUUGCAUGUUUUGAAUUGAUUUAUUUUGUCAGUAUUCUAGUUUUGUUCUGUGAGCAUCUAGUAAUUUGUUAGUACGUCCUUUUUUUAACUUUUUUUUAAAAUGAGAGUGCCGUUUUCCAUCUACAUAUCUUCAUCUUUUGUUUUUGUUGGGUAUUUUUCCACUUCCAACUUCAAGCAGAUUUAAAGAGUUGCUUUAAAUUGACCAUUGAGAAAUAUUUUCUAGAAGUGAGGGGCUCUGUUUAGUUUUCUCAGGCUGUGUGCUGUAGGACCAUAACCCUUGGGCAUCUCUUACAGUUUAGGUAUUGUUAGUAAGUAGAAAAGACCCAUCAUUUAUGAAUGCUUAUUGGCACAAUUAAGUUUUAAAGCAAAACCUUGACAAGUGCAGGAACUAUGGAGGUGUUCUAUUGCUGCUGUUAUUCAGAGUUUUAAAAAAAACUACAAAGAAAUGAAGAAUAUGGUGAUGAUGCAGUAUCAAGGGUUUGAUAAUUUUUUAUAACCGGUAUAACUAAAGAAUGAAAUGUCAGGGACAAUCAUUGCUGUGAUGGCAUAGUAUGGGUUCACACCUUUUUAAGAAUUGGAGAAAUAAAUCUGAAUUCACUUUUUAAUGGAAAGAGGUGAAUCAUACCUGUUGGAGUGUAGGGUAGCUUGUUCAAGACACAAUCCUGUAUCUGUUAAGUAGUGAUUUGUACUCUUAUUUCCGCUAGGAAUUAUGUGUCACUAUAGUUUACAAUGAAGUGUUUGGGCAUGAUGCUGGCUGUCAAUGGUUUCUUUAUUUUGAUGAGCAUCUUUAGAUUAUUAUCCUUCAUUAGCACUAUUGUGGCACUUUCUGGGCACAGAUAAUGUAACAGUUGACUGCACUAUGGUUAGGACAACCUGUUCUUUGCAGUGACUGUGGGAGUAUGAUGCAAACAUACAUUAUAGAAGGAGGUCAAAGAAUAAAACAGGGUGUAUGUUAGACUGUAAUGACACUGAGGAUUCUUAUGUUGCCAAAUUGUUUACAGUGCUAUGGCAGGAUUCAGGUGGUGUAUUAGAUUAUACACUUUCUUCUAAACUUUGUCCUGCUCAUUAAACCUUUUCUUUUUAUAUACAGUGGUUCAGAGUGUAACUGGGAAAGCAGUGUAUGGGGAUUGUUCUUUUUUCUGCUCUUCUGCGUUUAUUUUCUGAAGUUCAGCUUUGUCAACCCAGGAUUUUGUUUUGCUAAAGCUAGGGUUUGUUCCCAGAGGUUUGCCCUAGGAACCUAAAGGUAUCUAUGCAUGAAUCGUUUCUAUCUUUGGUAUUUUACUGUUCUUGCAUUUUACUAGGCAUCUUGUCAAUAGCUAAUAUACGUAGGCUGGGAGUCAAAUCUGGGAUCGAUGUUCAGUAACUUAAUAACAGCAGUGGUACCUGCAAGGAUUCUGCUGCAGUUGUCCUUGUGUUUCCCUGGUUUAAGGAGGGAGAACAAUUCUGAUGACCAUCAGGUGAUGUUUUAUGGAACAUGGAGAUUUUUUUGGUUAUAAGCAGAUAGAGGAGCUUGCUACUGCAUUGACUUGUAGCUUAUAUUCAUAUUGAACACCCAGGGCAAACUGUAGCAGGAUUCUCCCAACUGUAGCCCAUCAAGAAGUUAAUGCAUUCAGUUCAGGAGAAACGUUUUGAGGAAAAAAGAAUUACUUUGAUGAGAACAUAACUUAACAAUACUGCAGAGCGAUAGUUCAAACUGUAGUCCUCUCCAGGACUUGAUCUACUAAAGGUCAACCUGUUUUGUUGUGUGAAAUUGAGUGAAAGACUUGGACUUUUAGAAUAUCACUGUUUCAUUUCAUACUGGUGAAGGUGAUAUUUGGUUUCUCUGCCAACUUAUCAGUGAAAAGGGUAGUAAAGCCUUGUCUACAGUGUAACAUGAAGUUAUACUGUAGAAAUGUUUAUAUACCAUCAGUAGUCAAGAACAGGGAGUUAUCAAGCUUACAGUCUUGCAGAAUGAACUGUACACUUGGCAAUCAUUCUGUUCAUUGGAGAUGUAAAUAUCAUGUAAAAGGGUACUCGUAUUUAAGCUAUUAAAAUUGUGCUAGUUAACUAUUUGCACAUUAACAGGCAUGUUUGCUAAAAGUUAAGUUACAGAGCUGCAACAAAUGUAUAAUUAAAACACUUCACAAAAAUAAAAGAACAAAUCUACAAGAGUAACUGUAGCAACAUCUUGUAUAUCUGAAAACAUAACUAGUGCCUUUCAGAGAAAAAUUAUCUUUUUGACGGAGUUUCAAGUUAAUUGUAUUGUUUUAAUGGCAAGGCCAACAACUGUUGAUUAACCAUUUAUUAAUUUACAUCCUUGUAAUUAAUACAGAAAGAACUUGCAUUUGGGGAGCCUCUUACUGAAUGUCUCUGAUUAUCCCAAAAGCAAUAUAUUGAAAAUAAGAUAAAACAAGCCCUUGUAGGUUAGACUGUGUGAUAUUUAUUAGGAUGCUAUUAAAAGAAAUUGGAUUUAGGAAAUUGUUAGAUAAUGCUAAAUUGUCAUUAUCUAAUAGUGCCAUUCGCUUUCUAGACAGAAAGAAGAAUGAGUCUUAAGAUCUGACUGGUUUCAAACAACUUGAGUGUGGCUACUUGCCCUUCUGACUGCUUUGCAGCCAUUUGUCUAGAUGUCGGAGACUAUACGUUGGAGCAAUACUAUUGGGAGUAACAGUUAGCAUAUAAAAGCAAUGCUUGAAGCGACCUUUGAAAAUUUGCAGUGGUUGUGGCAGGUGUUGGUAUUUAAGCUUUGAGUCAAGUUUUUGUUGCAAGUUUGAACAUAGUGAAUUGCAUUUUGAGUUUUGUAACCCCGGGACUGGUUGUUGCACCCCUCUCUUGUAUUAUUUUUCAGGCAUUUGCUUCCUUUUCUCUGUUACUUUUGUGCAUACCAGCGCAGCAAGACUUGGCCAUUCUGCCCAUCAAGCCUGUCCUCUUCUGUUUGGCCACUGCUGAUCUGUAGCUUAACUCUGUUUCUCCACUUUUGCUUCACAAAUCUGGAUAUUUUAGGUGUCACAAUCUGUAGUUACUAAACUCAGGAGAUGAUAUAAUCUGUACUUCCUGUUAAAUCCAAAUGGGGAAGGAUGGUCUAAUAACCUUUGUUCUGAUGUUUUAUACGGAAUAUUAAAUCUCUCUCUGCAUUUAAAUUCCGUUCACUUCCUUGUCUUUCGUAAUGGCAUCAUAGUUUAUAAGUUGGCUGAGCACAUUUUGGCAAAUUACAAUUGGAGUAGGUCUAUCUUCUUUUGCAAUGUGGAUGCACAUGGUAUCUAGUAGGUUCUCAGUUGCUUGUAGAAGAGUUGAGUUUAAGUGGUCUGAUUUGUCGUAACAAAAGCAACAAUAAACAGUAAUACCGUUUCAAUGAUCAAUACGUUUGUACACUAGUCAUUUUCAACUUUGGUUGAGAGGGCACCUUUUCUAACCAGCCUUAGAUCACCAUUGAGUAUUUUUGUUUUGUUGGCUGUUACUGUGGUGGUAUUUAUUGCCAGCUGUGUAUAAAUUAUAUUUUAAGUCAUUUUCAAUCCCGUAAUUUUUUAUUUUGCAUAUCUUAAAUAUUUAAAUUGCAUGUAAAUAGCCUAUUUAUGACAUUGUAGAUCUGACACACCAUAUUAGUAUUUGUUCAAUUGUUCCAGUCUUGAAAGUUUUGGGUGGGUAAGAAAUUCCUUAAAUGUUGAGGAGAAUAAUCAGAAAAAUGCACCACAAAAUGUAGAGAAAUGAAAUAUGUAUUGAAAUCUUUUAGUUCUCUAUUUCAUUUAUUGAUGAUUGUAGAAAGAUCAUUUCUGACAGUAUUUUUGCAUUAAUAGAGAUUACAAAUCUGAAAACUUGUAAUUCUUUUCACCAGUGCAGCAGCAUGUGUAAAUUGGACUAAACUAAUGCUGCAGGAUAUAGCAGAAAUAUGAAGUUCUCUUUAAAGACACUCAUAGUGAUUAAACAGGUAGUCCAAAUGCAUAUGUGAAUACAGCUCUUGGUUCAGGUUGAAUGCACGCACGUUGCCUAGAGAUCUCCUGUGAAUGUGGAGGAAAUACAUAUUUGGGUUUGUGGGAGGGGGAAGGGCAAAGGGACAAAUGUGCAUGUAAAGGUGAUAUUUUAGCCUUCCUUACAAAUGUACAGAAUAGGCAAGAGGGUGUUUCCAUAAAUGUACAAGCGCAUUUCCCACAGAACUGUUUUGUGGUCUCUUGUGCUUGCUGUUUUCUUCUGCCCCACAAACUAGCACUGAAACACAGUUUGCCCCCCCCACCCCGUGUAUUUUUAAACCCAGCCUGUGGUCAGAUGUAAGUCGAUCAGGGCUCUGGAUCUAUGGUCUUUAGUUUUCAAUCUUUUUUAUGGUGGUCUUGGGGACUUGAGGAGGCUUUGCGGCUGAAGUGGGGAAAAGACUGCUGAAGCUUUUGAGAAUCGACAAAUUAUUCGUUCACAAGAUGGGCAACUUUGGAGGAACUCAGCAAGGCUGUGGAAGGACCAGCUGGUUUUCAUGUGCAGUUGUGACGCUAAAAGGGUGCAAGUUAAGUUUUGAAAGUUUGGAUGGACAUACAAUGCAUCGCUCUAUUUUAGAAUUGUUUCACCGUAAAACUACAAGAUCACCUGAGAAUGCUGAAGGGGAUUUUGCUAAUGGCCAUGAGAUUGAUGAAGAUGAUGACAAAGGACCUGAUAACUACACCAAUUGUUUUGAUGAUGAACUGAAAGAAACCCCUGACAUCGAUUUUGGCAUGAUGAAAAAGUGUAAAGGCAGUAACUGUGGGAUAAAGUCAUGGAUUCAAAUGGACCCACGAUUGUUCUGUUUUCUAUAUGAUGAGCAGCAGAACAAGUGCUAUUGCAAAGUCUGUGUUGAUAAUAGCAUUACUGAUACAGAGUGGACAAGCGGUAGGUCCCAACCGCAAGGUGGGUGGAAAAAAGAUUACUUGCUUCGCCACCUGGCCAGUAGGGAACACCUUCAGGCGCUGUCAGUUCCGUUAAAUGCAGCCAACUGGGAGAAGGCGCUGUUUACUGAUGCUCUGAACAGUGACUCAAAAGACGAUGUUGUUCACCUCCUCAGAAAUGUUCUUUGGCUAAUCAAGGAACAGUUGCCCAUAUCCAAAGCUAAAAGCUUGCACAGGUUAAUAGAGAGCCAUGGUGUGUCAUUGGGUAGACGCCACAGGAGUAAAAAUUAUAGUUGGCAGUUUGUUGCAGCUCUAAAUGAACCCGUUGAGGCAGAAAACUUAAUAGCGUUAAAACAAGCUCGAGUUCAUUCUCUGGUUGUUGAUGAGAGUUCGGAUAUUACCACUGAGAAACACCUGAUGAUGUACACAAAAUUUCUUGCCAAGACUGAGCUACAGGUGAAAUUUAUAAAGCUGCUGUAUCUGGAUGGUAAAGCUGAUGCUCUCUCCCUUUACAAAUCCAUUAAGAAAUUCUAUGUUGAGCACCAAAUCUGUCUACAGUCUAUGGCUAUGAUAACAACAAAUGGUUCGCCCAUUAUGAUGGGAUCAAAAGGAGGUCUUCAUGUCAAGCUCAAGGUAGACAUUCCCUGGCUACUUGGACAGCAUUUUGUGGUACAUUCAGAGGCUUUGGCCAUGAAGGAUUCGUACAAUGAAAUUGCACUCUUUCAAGAAAUAGAUGGUUGCUUCAAAGCUAUCUAUGCAUACAUUUCCAGAUCCACUGUUAAACACAGCGGUUUGGAAGAGGUUCUUCAUGUCCUGGAGACAAAUGCCAUCAAACUGGCAAAGGCUUGCCACCUCAAAUGGAUAAAUCGAGGCAGGGCAAUCCAAGCAAUUUGCAAAUCGUACCAAACUCUCAUCAUAUACUUUUCUGACAUGAGUUACAGUGACCAUGAUAUCACAGCAGAAAGCAUCCUCCUCAAACUUCAACAGCCUCGCAUUCUACUUGCCAUUUUCUUCUUGAGAGAUCUCCUCCACCACUUGGACAAUCUGUCACUAUUUUUUCAAGAAAGAUUUGUGAAUCCAGUCAGAGUACCUGAAAGGGUUCAAGCUACAAUCAAUCUCCUUGAGUGCAAGUACCUUGGAAACAACAUACUGUGGGAGAGCAGCUUUCUAUUGGGAAUACAGCUACUGGAAAGUGGUGCUCUUUCUCGGCCACCCAUGACCAGGAAACCACAUGGACCUAUACUUCAUAAGACAGCAGCUAAAGCUACUGAUGAGAUAGCUCUCUCUGUUAAAACUCUGGUGAAGAAUAUUGUUGACAGUCUGAAGGAGAGGUUCCCUGAUAAUGCAAUCAUCAGAGCUUUUCGUAUCCUAGAUCCAGAUAGGAUUCCUUCUGAUCCAGAGAAACUGGCUCAAUAUGGCAAUAGUGAAGCAGCAGCUCUCCAGAGUCAUUUUUCAGACCUACUUUCGAACGAUGGAAAAGAUCUGGUUGCAGAGUGGGAUCAGAUGAAAUACUUAAUUGCAUCCAGAAAAGGAGAGAGUUUGGAUGAAGUUUGCAUUGAUUUGGCCCAUUCUGAUAUGUGGAGAAAAGAAUAUCCGAACUUCUCAAUACUAUCCGAAGUUUGUGUAGUGAUGUCUGCAUCGACUGCUGAACCUGAUACAGGGUUUACGUCUGUGAACUUGAUAAAAAACAAAUACAGGAAUCGGCUUACGUCAGACCAACUGGAUCAGUUGCUCAGGCUUUGCCUGGAAAAACCUGAAGACAGGCAGGAUUAUUUAGAUGCAGCCUAUGCUGCAUGGCUACAAGCUGAACAAUGGAGGCUUCUUCUCAAAGAAUGGAGAAGAGGGGAAGAAUCCAAAACUGAAUCUGAUUCAACUGAAUCGGAUGCAGAUCCUUUGUCUGACUCAGAGUGAAAAUGAGUGCUGCUGACCAGUGUCCUUGGACAUGCAUGACAGAAAGGGAAAAAUCCGAUUUCUUUGUUAACUCGUGAUUCUCUGUUGGUGCUAUGUUGUUUGUAAUUGUAUUACAAAGAAAUGUACAUUUGCCUUACAUUACAUUACAUUUGCCUUACAUUACAUUACAUUGCCUAAAAUAAAAGGCAUCUCCCAGUAUUCUGUAUACUGUUCCUUUAUUCCCGAUUGAUAGUCCAACACAACAUGCUUCCAUGUCAUGGCAUGUCAACCAUACAAUAAGGAAUUAAUAAAAUGGGAUUUUUAUACGUUAGUUUAAAUACAGCUGGGUUAUCAUAACUCUGGCAUUUGGUACCUUUUUAAUAAAAAAAAAACCCUUGACACUCACUAGCUUUCUGAGAUGCUUAAACAGUCAUUGACUGUAAAAUGACUGGAUGUGAUAAGUUCAAGGUGUAUUUCAGCUGCCGUGGUAUGCAGGAUUGGUGCAGUGAGGCUUGAACACAGAUUAGGUAUGAAGUGGCAGCCUAUAGAAUUGUGAUCUAAAUCUCCUUGGAAAGCUAAUGUGUCUAAUAGUACACUAAAGUAUUUGGGGAUUCAAAGUCAAGAUCGGUUUUUGUACUUCAUACUUUCUAAAAGUAUGAUACAAAGUGUUGGGAAUGUUUGUGCAAAGAGUGAAACUUCAUAUUGGAUUAUUCAAUUUGAGUGAUGCUUUAAAAUGUAGCAGUUAAUAUGAUUUUCAAAAUAUCAAAAGCUUGUAUUUAAUUUUAUUUUUUGAUGAGGCAGCUGUACACUACUUCAGGGAGUUUCAGAGCUCUGCUUCCUGUAUAUAAUGCAGAAAGGGGAAGCUCUGGCUUUUAUCUGAGCAGUCAAUGCCAUUGGCAUCGGCAACUUUUUUUUAGAAACAAAUACUUUUUACAAAAGGUUUCACUUUUAUGAAUGUUCAGAUGUCUUGUGUGCAUAGAUCAGUAUAAAAAAACCCUCUGUACUUUUAUUAUUUGUAGUACAGUACAGGUUAUGUAUCUCAAAGAAGCUUACAGGAAACAAACCUCCCUAGACAGGGUCUAUGUCAAACCUUUAAAUAAAGCUAGAGCUGUAAUUUAUUUGUAUUGACAGGUCAGUGGGGCUCAUUUCCUAUCCUGCCCUUCCGUGAUUUAAUCUGUUUGUAUCCUGUGCAGUAAAAGACUCCUUUAUUUAUCAUUUAUCCAUUUCGCUUUCUCAUUAGUUCCAGUCUUUUGAUCCAGGCUACUCUGCUACUUUUGGAGAACUCAAGAAUUUUGAGUGCAAAUAAUUGCUAAUCAUUCGUCACCCCUUUUCACUUUGCCUCUGCUGAUCUUCCUAAUAUUACAGCUUGAUGACCAUUGUGUACUUGUGUGGAGUUGGUUAUUUAUGCGAUCUCUAAUAGUAGCCCAGGAACUGGGGAAAAAGGAACUGUGAAUAGCUUAAGUUCCAUGCACUGCUUCAUGUGAAGCAGGUCUCAUUGAGUCUUCCUGCAAAGGAGAUCCAUUAGGAAGAGUCUGUUUUUGAAGAUAAAGUGAAGAGGGUUGUGUGAUUCUUCCAACCUCUGUUGGAUGUACAAUGUAUCAUACAAGCUCCACUUGGAUUAUAAAGUGCAUGCUGUCAAAUUGUAAUCUCAGAUGGUAUAACCUUCUGUGCAAACUGUUUAGUUAUUUUCCCAAAUCAGCACACUUCUGAGCAUCUUCACUUUACUCCAAUGAUGAAGUCAGAACAGGGUUUUUGAUUGUAGUCCACGUCUGUGUGAUUAUGUUUUUAUUGACUCUUCUUUUUCCAUACACUGUUUUUAAUUACUUGAUCUCUUUUGUAAUUGGGCACCUUAUUUAGUGUUGCACUUUUACUUGUGAAAUGAUUGGACUGAUACUUGUUCUUGGAUAUCCUCAUCCCAUUUUAUUUUGCUUUCCUUAUGUCUAUUCCUAAAGUACUGCUUUGGCUUGCUUAAUAUAAACUGGUAUAGCACAUUGGGUUUGGUAGUAAAUGUGUCCAUUAUUUUCUGAUGCUGCUUACUUAAGUAAAUUCUAGUUGUGAAAAUCUUCAGUUUAUGACCUAUGUUCAGUGUCACUUUAAAAAUUAUGCAGAUAGUCACUAUAACACUAGGUUGCCAAAAAUUUACUGUAGCAAGAUUUCUAUAGACUGCAUGAUCCAUUUGUAGUAUUUUUGCCACAGACCAUUCAUUCGAUCAUUGUGCAUUUAAUACUAAUCUGAACAUUGCACAUUUACACUUAAGUGACAAAAGAACUUUAUUCAAGAAGGUGCUAAUGUGGUUUUCAUUGAAUUACUAACGUGUUGUUGUUUAGGUGAAAAUUGGAAAUGGAUUGACAGUAUACAGUGUGCUGAGCACUGAAAAUGGAUAUAAUUGAGGAAAUAUUAUGCUUGGAGCAGGGUGAUGCAUUUUAAAAUUAUGCUUGGGAUUGGUAUUCUGUUUAUUUGGGAGAUGGAAAGUGAUGUAAUGCGUUUAGAAUUGUGCUUGGAUCAAAAUUACACUUGGACCAGGUAUGUGGCUGUGCUUCACUGGAAUUGAUUGUAUUGCGUUUUUGUACUGUAUACAGGCUGCUGUUGGUCUAAAGAUAAUAAAGAUGUUAAGUUUGUUAAAGGAAA